CUGGAGAUGCCGAAGAGACGAGACGUCCUCGCCAUUGUACUGAUCGUCUUGCCCUGGACGCUGCUCAUUACCGUUUGGCACCAGAACACGCUGUCUCCCCUCCUCACCCUUCGGAGGGAUGAUGGUAGCGAGAUCAGCGUCCGCAGAGACGCAGUCCAGACCUCGGACUGGAAGGAGUCCUGCCCGUCCGACAGGGGCAUCGUGGAGGUGCUCAGGACCGAGUACGUGUACACGCGGCCUCCGCCUUGGUCCGACGCCCUUCCCGCCAUCCACGUCGUCACCCCCACCUACAACCGGCCCGUCCAGAAAGCGGAGCUUACCCGCCUGACCAACACCCUGCUCCACGUGCCCAACCUGCACUGGAUCCUGGUGGAGGACGCCCAGAGGAGGACGGCCCUGGUCACCCGGCUCCUGCGCGAGACGGGCCUCAACUACACGCACCUGAACGUGGAGACGCCGCGCAGCUACAAGCUGCGGGGGGACGUCCGCAACCCGCGCUUCCCGCGGGGCACCAUGCAGCGGAACCUGGCCCUGCGCUGGCUGCGGGAGACCUUCCACCCGAACAGGUCCCGGCCCGGGGUCGUGUACUUCGGGGACGACGACAACACCUACAGCUUGGAGCUGUUCGAGGAGAUGCGCAGCACCAGGAAAGUCUCAGUCUGGCCCGUGGCCUUCGUGGGGGGAUUGCGCUAUGAGUCUCCGAAGGUGAACGCCGCCGGAAAGGUUUACGGCUGGAAAACGGUGUUCGAUCCACAUCGACCGUUCGCCAUAGACAUGGCGGGUUUCGCUAUCAACCUGCACCUGGUCCUUCAGAGACCUCAGGCCUACUUCAAGCUGCGUGGGGUCAAAGGCGGCUAUCAGGAGAGCAGCCUCCUGCGGGAGCUGGUCACACUCAAUGAUCUGGAGCCCAAAGCAGCCAAUUGCACUAAGAUACUUGUGUGGCACACACGGACUGAGAAACCUGUGCUGGUCAAUGAGGGCAAGAAGGGCUUUACCGAUCCAAACCUGGAGAUAUAAAAUAAGCGAACUGAUUGCGCAGGCGAAUGUCUGGAGAGCCCUGUCUGUCCCUUCACUUUACGCAGAAUGGAAUUGAACUGCCCACCACCAUUUCCAGAUUAUGUAGCUCACGGUUCUGUGAGCACGAAAGGACGGACUGUGUGACGGAACGUGGCUAAACAGAAUGAAAUGGCCUAUCGGAGCUGCGUUGCCAAACCUUUGAGGUGCGGCAGGAAGCCGCGUCCUGGUGCUUGGCAUUCCUCUCCCACCCCCCCACCGCCCCCACCCCCUGCAGAGGACACAGGCAGAGGUACAGCUCCAUGGCGAUGCGGACUGUGUUUUGGGAAGAGAAGAGCGCGUGUACUGGGGUCAGUGUGGACUCAUGUGAUGAGGCCAAGUGAGCAAUAGUGAGUUAUCGCACCGUCGUUUACGCAAGCGAUGAAAGAUUGAUUGAAUGUCCGGUUCAACUUGCCCGGAAGCCUGUGGUCCACAUGGUUUGAACGAGGAGCUUCACCUCCCCGGGGAUCCCACCUCAUGUCUCUCUCCGUCUGAAACAGCUACGGUGCAGUCCAUCGCUCCCACUAAACAGCAGUUAUUUACUUACUUCAGCGCAAACGCGGCAUGUCUGCUCGACCCUCACCGCAGGGAGCGGGUGGCACUGAGCAAAUUCAUUUCAUAUCCACAGCAGGGACAUGGAAACGCCGCUCACACACAUGCACAUGCUACACACACGCACAGACAGACAAGCACGCAACACACGCGCACUCAGGCAGACACGCAAUCUGUCACACGUUCACAGGAGACAGUCAGACAGGCAGACGCGCACACACACACACCACACACACACACAGACAGACACACAAGUCUAUCACACGCUCGCACAAGCACUGACACAGUCACACAGACAAGUGUGUACACAUGGAGACACACAGACACACACACAGGUGGUGGACGGCGACACUUGCACUCUCACACGGACAGGCAGACCAGACACACACGUACACACACUAACAGACACGCACAUAGAGGGGUGGACACACACAAGGUCAGACUCAAAGCCAGGUGACCACACACAGAUUGCCAGACAGAUACCAGCAAUGAUAUGACUUGGUAAAUAGACUGAGCCCGGCGGAGGAGCUGUGUUUCUGCUCACUGUGGGCAGAGCUGUCGGUUUGAAUUAUGACGUGAAUAAUGGAACGAAACAAAAAUGUUGCACUGGAUGAAGUGAUUUAAACGCUGCCUGUUAUCUGCAGCUGACAUUUAGCCCACAGAGGGGAUGUUCCUCUCUCUCUUUCCCCUUCCCCCACCCUUUUUCUCUCUCUCUCUCUCUCUCUCUCUGCAUGCACAUGGGCUGAGAACGGGCAAAUGUAGUUCAAUACAGCAACCGCCGCCACCACCGCAUUCAUACAACGCCUUUCACGUCAGAAUGGACGUCCCAAAUACAGAUAAAUGCAGGCUGCUCCCCGUAAAGAAGAAUUAGAAGCACAAGUCCUCCGUGGAUGGGACUGAACUUGCCAAGAGGCGACACUGAAAGAAAUCUGGGGGUGUUAUUUGAUUCAUCACUCACUCACUGUGUCAAAACAGCGUGAGGCACCAACAAACAAGGCGGACAGGAUGCUGGGCUAGAUUACUAAUUCAGUUGAGUUCAGACUUCCAUACUCUUGACUUUCAAUACUGGUCACUGUGACGAUAAAGGCUCAGACCCCAGAGGCGGUGCAACAACAACAACAACGGGCACUCGUAUAGCGCCUUUCAUGCAGAGUAA